UUUAAAAUGAAUGUAAACCGUAGCAGAUCUGACGGAACCUAAAGGAAAAAUCUACAAUACAAAUAUGGUCGAGUGGUACGGUGAGAUUGGAAAGAUAUUAAGGACUCCUGGUUCGAAACCUAUCAUUUCAGAUAUGUUUGUUUGUGUAGUCAGGUGAAAUAGAUAUCUAAUUCUCACUGCGAGAAACAUGAUUUUGAUGGCAUUGAUGGGCAGGCCCUAGAGAUUAGUCGGAAUCUCAGAAGGGUCAAAUGAGAGGGGAAAUAUUUAAGGCUCCUCAGUCACUAAAUCUUUCCCAGCAGUGGCACAAGCUUAAAAUUCGCUAGACAGGAAAGAAGAUGCUAUUCGAUUUCCAUGGGCAGCAAAGAUGAAUCCUGCUUCUAGGAAUCUUUACCGAGCAACAGAACCUGAGUACCUGGAAGAUGGUACUCCUAAGUUAACUAUACCAAGGCAUGUUCUCUUACAAGGAUUAGAGAAUCAAAAAGAAUAUAUCUUGGGUCAGUUCUAUAGAUGCUUGCCUCCGCCUGGUGGUUUAAUCUAUGCAGUUUUCAAUAAGUUAUGGGGAAGGAAAUGUAGAAUCACUAUAAUGAAGCUUGGGGAAUCUAAUUACUUGUUCCAUAUUCCCGAUGAAUCGACUAGAAUGUGGGUUCUUCAAAGAGGGCUUUGGCAUGUUGAUGACUGCUUAAUGUUUGUUGCUCCAUGGAAACCGGAAGCAUCUUUAGCUAUCCCGGAGAUCAAAACUGUUCCGGUGUGGGUAACUUUGAAGAAAAUUCCUAACAUCUUCUACUCUAUUCUUGGAAUAAGUCAUAUAGCUUCUGGUUUAUGUGCUCCGAUGGCAACUCACAAACCCCGGUUAGAUCCCAUUUUAAUGGGUGAAGCUAAGAUUUUGGUUGAGGUAGAGUUAAGCAAAGCAUUUCCUUCAAAAAUCGCUGCUAAUGAUGAAAAUAGUUUCAUUUCCAUGGUUGAUGUAGAAUAUGCUUGGUUGCCUUCGAAAUGUAGUAGAUGUGGUCAGCUUGGGCAUAAGGUCAAGCGUUGCUUGCAAAAGGUCGAUGAGUCCCAUAUUGCUGCUCCCAAGGGUAUUGAGAUGGCCUCCAACAUUAGUGAUGUGGUUACGACCACUUCUGUCACUGCCUUUGAAUCUCCUCAACCUAACACUACUUUAGUUCCAGUUUCAGAGAUUGUUGUAUCUCCUGACAUUCUUCUGGAUGUACACAAUGAAUCCAACUUGGUUGAUCCAAAUACUGUUGCCAAAGUUGACAAUCUCAUACCACUAGCUACAAUCUCUGUUCUUGAAGACAUGUAUGUCAGCUCAGUCUGCACUAACCAACAUCAAAGAAACCAUUGAGUCCAGUUUUGGAGUCUGCCCAGAUUUUACCAGUUAUUGACACUCAUAUUGCUCAUGCAACCUCUAUGGUCCAGAGGGAAAGUAGUAGAAUAGAUGAGCCGACCUUGGUUCCAACAAGUUUGCCUCAUUGAUUACUCUUGAGGAAGAAGAAGACUCAUCAGAUUCAGACAAAGAGAUUGAUCCGAUGAAUGAUUUGACACCUUUAGGAAAGAGGAUUCUCAGAGAGAGACCGGUUAAACCAUCCAUAAAAGCUAAAGAGAUGCAUUUGCAGUCAACGGUUCGUGGAAGGGGAAACCGAGGUCGUGGAUCGAGGUGGACGUGGCUAGAAGUAUCUCCUUCAUAGUAUUUUAAGUCAGUCCAAGAUCGAUCUUUGAUUGUUUCUGGUUCAUCAUAUGUUCCCUUUUCUUGUUAUCACUUGUCAAAACACUGUAUGACUACGGUCAUGGCUUGUAAUAGGUUAAUAAUAUUAAAAAAAAAAGUUCUUAUAAAAAGUUUCAUAGGCUUUGGACUAUUCGCAUGGUUGUAAAGAGAACCGUAGCAACUAAUGCAACAUCAACACAAACAAAAAGUGUUUUCAAAGAGACAGAGUAAGCAAGCUAGUGAAUACAUAUGUCUAUAAGGGAACCAUUGUCCCCUAAAAACACAAGACAAACGCACACAUCAUAUUCACACACAAGACAAACGCACACAUCGUGAGUCGUUAAUCAAACGGUAGCAGCAAUGGAAUACACGAAUUUGUAAGACUUGGGUACUUUAAGCACAGCAUCGAACCACUCGACCUUCCCUCAAACCUGUUCACCGCUGCUGCGCAUUUCCAGAGAAAUCUCAGCACACCAAAUCAUCUUCUCCUUAUACCCACCACGUGCAGGCACAUACUUAUCCCAAAACACCACCAUCUUAACACCACAAUCAACCAAAAUAACAUUGCUAUAACGGGCAAGCUUAGACAGUCCUUCCAAACCUUCAGCUUUCUUCCAACCAUCUACCUCGGCGCUAUUGUUAGACCAAAGAAACUCUCCAGUAGAUCCAUAACAAUAGUAUAUUUUCUCUAUCAAACAAGCACUACCAAACUCUACCAAGUCCUUUGUAAGGAAAACACUCCUACCAGACGCUGAAUCAACAAGUCCUUCGACCACCCACGUGUGCGUUCGGCAGUCGUGGAAGAAUACGUUAGACGAGCAGGAGGUGACGUCAUCUUCUUUGUUGAUGGCGUAGAGUUUAUGAUCAACAGCUACGAGAUUGGACAAUUCUAUGGGAGGAGAGUAGCGAAUCAGGAACCAAAAUAUUACCACUUAAUGACUCUGUCUUGUUAACGGUUUUGUCUGGUUUCCGACAGAGAGUGAACCAACGAAGGUUGGGUUCAGUAGGGAACUGUAAGCACACAUAGAGACACUUCUCGGUGCGGUUUAAGAGAGAUCGUAUCUGGUAAAGCUCCGGUGAAGCAGUGAGUGAUCCAAAGGUCUUGGAGACGAGUGUGAGAAUAGGGUAGUGCAAUCUCGAGGCGCGGGCUAAGCAACUCAAUACUAAUUCAUCUGGAAGUGGCAAACCGUAGGUGGGUUCUGUUGCCGUCUUUGACGGUGUGGUUGUGGAUCGGGAGCGAUGGCGACAUGUCCUCUCCCAAAAUUUUAUGGCUUCGACUCCACCACGUGGUUGUUGAUCUGAUCUAUACCCGAUGGUUUGGCUUUGUGUUUUUAAUUGGCUCUCUUAAAUGAUUGUUUUGUUAGGGGAAUAAAGCCCAUAGAGAAAUAGUGUUA